AUGACAGCUCUUCGUCAAUUGGCAUAUGGAGCCCCUGCCGACCAAUCCAAUGAAUAUCUAAGGCUUGCUAAAACCACUGUUAUUGACUGUUUAAUCAACUUCUGCAAAUGUGUAUAUGAAGUAUUUGGGGACCAAUACUUGAGAAGACCAACUGCAGCUGACACCCAACAUUUACUUGAAAUGCAUGAGCGAAGGCAUGGUUUCCCUGACAUGUUGGGUAGCCUUGAUUGUAUGCAUUGGGAAUGGAAAAAUUGUCCCGUCGCUUGGAGAGGUCAGUUUACUCGAGGCGAUCAUGGACACCAACAAUUGUGCUUGAAGCAGUCGCAUCUGCUGACUUAUGGAUAUGACAUGCUUUUUUUUGGAGCUGCGGGAUCACGUAAUGAUAUAAAUGUGCUUUACGAAUCACCUCUAUUCAACAAAGUUUUGGAAGGAGGUGCACCAGAGGUUUAUUUUACAAUAAAUGGCACGACAUAUACUAAAGGAUAUUAUCUAACAGAUGGGAUUUACCCAACUUGGGCUACCUUCGUCAAGAGUUUUCCAUGUCCCGAGGAUUCAAAGAGAAAAAAGUUCAAGGAAAGACAAGAGGCUGCAAGAAAAGAUGUCGAGCAGGCAUUUGGAGUUCUCCAAGCUCGUUGGGCAAUAGUCAGAGGUCCAGUACGAUAUUGGUCGAGAGAUAUAUUGAGAGAUAUCAUGUAUACGUGCAUUAUUUUGCACAAUAUCAUUAUUGAAGAUGAAGGAGAUGUAGUAUCUAAUUGGAUGGGAGAUGAAGAAAAUCAUCCGACGCUGGUAAAACAAGGCUCCACACCCGAAUUCCAAGAAUACCUCCGGAGAAAUUGCGAGUUGCGUGACAGUGAAACACAUCAUCAACUUCGAGCUGACUUGAUUGAACAUAUAUGGGCACUUGACGAAAAUAAUCAAUGA